AAUCAUGUACAACCAGAGUACAACCAGAUGGUUGCAAUUGAAUCUGGCCCUGUAUCUAAUCUUGAGGAUUAGUGUAAAAAAGCGAUGCAAAAUUUUUCGGGAAUAUAAACGAAGUGCAGAAGCAUUGUUUUCUUAUUUUGUGCAGAAAUUUAAGCCUUAAAGAGUUCAAUAAAACUUCAAAAAUGUCCUCCAGUUUUCCAAAGUACAUUCAAGAUAGGUUGAAAAAAGUCGCGCUAGAGCAAGGUUUUACGCCAGAAGUGUACCGAUUAGAAGUCGACACUGGAGAUAACAAAGGAGAUGGUUUUAUCGGAGAUAUAUUCAAGGCAACUAUUCGAGAAGACGGCAAAGCUGAUCUGGUGUUAAUUGGCAAAACAUUGCCAAAUAAUGAAGCUCGAAGGCAGUAUUCAAUAGACUUAUUCCAUCGUGAGGUGGAAGCUUACAACAGAAUUUUACCCACGCUCAACAAGUUUCAACUGGAUAAAGGCCUCCAACAAGGCUCAUCAAAAGGAUUUUGGAGUUACCCUAAAACGUAUUAUGCUCAUUGCAAUCCAACAAAAAUGGAAGGUGUUGUCAUAAUGGAAGAUUUACGUGAAAAAAGUUUCAGAAUGUGCAAUAAAUUGGAACCGGUUGGAUAUCAGCAAACCAAACUUCUGAUGAUAGAACUGGGGAAACUUCAUGCGGUUUCGUUUGCGUUAAAAGCUGAAGCUCCCGAAUUGUUUGAACCUUUCAAACAGUAUUCGGAUCCAUUUCUAAAUUUAGUUGCUUAUGACCCCACACAAAGCAUUGCGAAGAUGAUGAAUGGCACGUGCGAGAUGUUGGUGAAAAUGCUGGAAAGUACUGACAAGGCAACCACCGAGAAACUGAACGGUAUUCGAGGAAAAAUUCAUGAGUUGUAUCAGGAAGAUGUAAAAAUUGAUGAAGCCGAACCCUAUGCCGUGUUGGCCCACGGAGAUUGCUGGAUCAAUAACAUGCUUUAUCGUUAUGGAAAAGACGGUUCAACAUUUGAAGACAUUUGCCUGAUAGAUUGGCAGCUGUGUCGUUAUGUUUCUCCGAUUUUGGAUUUGGUGUAUUUUAUUUUUCUUUCAACGGAUGAAGAGCUACGUGCCAAGCACUAUGACGAAUUCUUGGAUAUAUAUUAUAAAUCCCUCGGAGAGGCUUUGAAAAACUUCGGAGAGAGUGUGGAACGUCAUUUCCCCAGGGAAGCUUUUCAGAAACAGCUAAAGCGUUUCGGCAGAUUUGGUGUUGUCAUGAGCUUCUUAGUGCUUCCGGUAAUUUGUAUGCCGAGUACGGAUAUGCCUGAUUUGGAGAAAAGCAUGGAAAAAGCACAUUUGGGAGAGGAUAAUUCUGCCAAAUUUAUGCCUAAAGGAAACGCAGAAAUUCAAUUCCAAGCGCGGAUUUGCGGGAUGAUCCGAGAUGCUGUUAGGCUAGGUUAUAUUUGAAAUGAUCAUAUUGUAAUUUUUGUUGCAACUGAAUAAAAUAGGCUUAUUAUAAGAGCAGAUAGAUAAGAGCAGUUAUCAAUCACAUCUAUCAAUCAAUGAGGCAUUUUAAAAGAAACCAAUAUUCUUAUCUGAUUUAAGUAUUGAAACUAUAUGCCUUAAUAAACAAACCUAUGAUUAAAAAAAAGUAUUGAAACUAAAACCAUAAAAUCAACUGAACACUUAAUAACAACAAAAAAAAUUAGGUAUUUUACUUAAAACUAAAAUGAUUUAAAAAAAAUGAAGAUUUUAAAAAGAUAAACAAAUUUACCUUCUCCAUGGCUUCGCCGAGAAUGUGAGCCGAGCUGUGCCAGAAAACGGCUUGCGCUUCGGGAUCGUCGAACUUCAACAGUUGCAGCUUGCAGUCACCCUCCAGGGGUCGAUCCAGAUCCCACAGCUCGUUAUUGACCCGGGAAAUGAUGGUAUUGUCCGCCAACCCUUGGCUGAUACCCUUGGCCACAUCAUACGGAGUGGACUCCCAGCUAGUAGCUUCUACGACUUUACCAUCCGGCAGGGUUACCUUGAUGGGAUUUUUAGGUUUUUUAGACAGCUCGUCUAGAUAUUGGGCCCGCAGCUCGUCGUAGAUUUUGAUACGGUGAUCGAUAAACUCGGGAAGCAUUUCCGCCGGUUGAGCAGCCUUUGGAGUUGCACUCGCAUUUCCACCUAUAGGUAGUAAACGGAUGAAUCAUUAAUAAGAUAGUUUCCAUUGCAUCAUACAAUUAAAAGUACCUUUUUCCUGCUGAUUUUUCUGUUUCUCUUUCUUCAU